UGUUGUUAAUGGCGGGUUUUGAUACCCAUUAAGCACGCGGAUGUCUUCACAAGGUUCGAUUGAAAAAAGAAAAGAAAAGAAAGGAACGGCAACUACAUCUAGACAUGGAUUGAACAUGACGUAAGGACAAAAACUGAGUCAAAGGGAGAAGAAAAGAAAAUGCGAAAUGGAAACAAGAAAGAAAAGAUAGGGAUCGAAGGUAAAUGGCAAUUGGUGAAAAGAACCUGCUACUCGAAGUUUAGCUUUGAACAACUUUUUGGGGUUUUAAGGAAAGAUUUUGAAACGGGGGACCAUAGAAUAGUUUUGUUAGAUUCUUCAGCCAUACCUUUCAAUAUUCGUUUUUGGAGUUGAGUCGAUGAUUGAUGAGCCCAAAUUUUGGUUCAACCCUCAAAAAUUUGUAUUUGCCUAGCCCUAAAGCUUUAAAUUUGGGUUUGAAACUAGAUGGGCCACGGGUAUUAUCCGAAACUUUUUAAGUUCGCCCCUUGCAAAGAAGCCAAUCCGAAACACUCCGAGUUUACUACUCCCACGCAGAGUUAGAGAGGCUAUACGCUGCAGUUUGAGCUCUAAGCUUGAGUUUCUGUUUCUGAAAAGCUUUUUCGCAAUCCUCUGUUGUCAAUGGUACUGGGUUGAGUCAUUAUAAAGGAGGAAAAUUUCAGUUGCUAGUCAAUAACAAUCUGGCAAGGAUGCUAGCAUUACCCUCAACAAGGUUGCUUCUAUUGUUUGGAGAAUCAUUACCCUCAUCUAGGCUACCUAAUUUGUCUAGGAAAGUUUGGGGCCAGACCAGUGGACGGUUUGUGAGUCAGGUUAAUCCUGAUAAUGGACCUCUCACUCUUUCCAGCCUCGGUUUCAAAAGUGACUUUGAUAAAACAAACAAGAUCAAAGCGGAUAAAAUUGAAAGGGUUGAUGUUCCUAAUGAAGAACCUAAAAGUAAGGUAAGGGGUGUUGGAAGCAAUGGUAUAAAAACAGUUAAGGCAGUCAGGGUGAAAAAGUCACUAGAAAUUGAAUCAGCGCCUUUUUCUGCGAAGUCAUUUUCUGAGCUUGGCCUUCCACCUAUGUUGCUAGAGAGGUUAGACACAGCAGGAUUCACGGUUCCAACUGAUGUUCAGUCUGCAGCAGUUCCAACAAUUCUCAAAGGUCAUGAUGUUGUGAUUCAAUCUUACACGGGCUCAGGAAAAACAUUAGCGUAUCUCCUUCCCAUACUUUCUGAAGUAGGCCCACUUAAAAAGAAAUCUGCUAAUGGUGAGAGUGAAUUUGAGAAAAAAAAAGAGAUUGAUGCAGUUAUUGUAGCUCCCUCUAGGGAACUGGGGAUGCAAAUCGUUAGGGAGGUUGAAAAGCUUCUAGGUCCUACAGACAAGAAAGUUGUUCAGCAACUUGUAGGAGGUGCAAAUCGAUCAAGACAAGAAGAAGCUUUAAAGAAGAACAAGCCAGCCAUUGUUGUUGGCACCCCUGGUCGAAUUGCAGAGAUCAGUGCAGCUGGGAAGCUUCACACUCAUAGCUGUCGUUUCUUGGUUUUAGAUGAAGUUGAUGAACUCCUGUCAUUUAACUUUCGGGAGGACAUGCACCGGAUAUUGGAACAUGUGGGCAGGAGAACAGGUUCUGACCCCCGUGGCUCAAUUGCUAAGUGGGCUGCACGUCGGACCAUUAUGGUGUCUGCUACAGUUCCAUUUUCAGUUAUAAGGGCGGCUAGGAGCUGGGGGUCUGACCCACUUCUUGUCCAAGCUAAAAAGGUCAUGCCACUUGAAGCUGUUUCGCCCUCUGGACCUGUUAAUAUCUUAAAACCUACAUCUGGUUCAGACUCAAGCAUGCGGACUCAGGCUGCAUUGCAAAGCCUACCACCUGCUUUGAAACACUACCAUUGUGUCGCAAAAUUACAGCACAAGGUUGAUACAUUGAGAAGAUGCGUACAUGCACUUGAUGCCAAGUGUGUGAUAGCUUUCAUGAACCAUACAAAGCAGCUAAAGGAUGCUGUCUUCAAGCUAGAGGCCCGUGGGAUGGUAGCUGCAGAGCUGCAUGGUGACCUUGGCAAGCUUGCCAGGUCAACGACUUUGAAAAAGUUCAAGAAUGGAGAAGUGAGAGUUCUGGUGACAAAUGAACUUUCAGCAAGGGGUUUGGAUGUGGCAGAAUGUGAUCUUGUGGUUAAUCUGGACUUGCCCACUGACUCUAUCCACUAUGCACACAGAGCUGGUCGAACAGGUCGGCUUGGCAGGAAAGGUACUGUGGUAACCAUCUGUGAGGAGCCGGAAGUUUUUGUUGUGAAGAAGUUACAGAAACAGCUUGGAAUCCCCAUUCCUGCUUGUGAGUUUACAGAAGGCAAACUUAAUGUCAUUAAAGAAGACUAAACUUUGGGGGCUGCAGGUGAUACAGGCUCUUCUUUUUCAGUAUCAUAUUUAGAACUUGACCAGAACCUUUCCCCUGCUUCUAUUUGCCUUGCUUAUAGUAUAUCAAAGGAUUAUUUUGGGCCUAGUGAAUAUUUUUAUAUAUAGAGAAUGUAGCAUUAGGCUUUUCUCUUUUUUUAUAACUUUUGGUGGUUGGGGAAAGCUAGGAAUAUAUUCUUCCUUUCCAUUUCAUGAUGAAAUUAAAGUAUAUUUGAAAUAUGGAGUACCAGUUAAUGCACGUUAAACUUCAUUCUUUUCUUUUUAUACAUGAUAAAUUCAUUAGUUUUUCUAGUUGUUUUAGAGCCUCUAAUCUUGAACAUAGAAUCAAAGUCUCAACAAGUUAAGGAGUACCGACUUGACCAAACUCCAUGUGUAUGGUUACAGAAUUAUUUAUGGCCCAUGGAUGGGCUUUUAAGUAAGAAGCAGAAUGAAGCCCCUGUAUAACACCAACAGUAAGUGACAUCACCAGACGAUUCUCUUGCAAAGCUUGUAGCCAGACAAGAGAGCAGAGAUUGCUAUAACCAGAAAAGUUGCCAAGGACAUGCUAGUUGAUACAAUGGUUCCCUUCCAAAGUGGUGUGCUUUGCCCAACCUGUUGUUGAAUGAUCGGUAUUGCUACUGAAGCAGAUGAGAUGACAAGGUAGCCCAUCAACUGUACAGGCAACCCAGGUAGGAAUUAGUUAUCAUACAAAUUAACUACUGUCUAAAAUGGGGAGUGCGCUUGCCUGGUCGAAGACAAAGCUAAAGUAGUCUGAGGUCUUGUCUGAGAUUAGAAUGCCUCCGUGAGCAAUGUCAGAAAUACCUUUAAACAGUUGGAGAGCUGCGUAAAGGAAAGCUAAAAUAGCUACAAUGAAGCUAUAUCUACACAAAGACAAAGAUAAUCCUUGUUUAGUGCAGAGUGAACUUCGAUGAUUGAAGUAUUCUGAUGAGAAUAAGAAAGAUGGAUUUCUUACUUGCUUACAUUAGUUAGUAAUCUUGUCAAAUAAUUAAAGCAAAAACAUAGCUAUGCUUACAUUAGUUCAGGGUACUCGGUGAAGCUAGGCGAUCGUUGGCCACUGUUGUUAUUUGCGGGUGGAGUAGCCAGUGUGAGGGCUGAAAUAAAGGAGAAGAGAAGCUGCAAGAAUCGAAGGAAGAGAUUUAAAUGAUGUAUGGAAGGUGUAUAAGUUCGCCGUGUAGUAGUCCCUGAGAAAGAAAAUGGUGAAGGGGUUGGAAAUGGGUGUUGAGUGUGAGAAUUAGCCACUGACACAGGGGAAACACCAGCCAUUUUUGUACAAGCAACCGCCAUAACAUGCUCACUUUCUUCUUUCACUGCUCCAUCUUUGAUUUGAACCUUCCUCGAAGCUGCUUUUGACAAAUAUUGAGGGAGCCUUCCCUUCAAAGUGAUCUUUUGGAUAUGGAAAUCCUUGAAAAUGUAGUUGGUAAUUGCAUGCAGUUUCAAGGGAAGUUUCCUGUUAGUCAUGCUUGACCAAAUUGCAGGGUUGACUUUUGUUUCCCCCAUCAGCCACGCUAGUAUGAAAGACUAUAAGUGAGCUUGACCAUGCAGGUUUAUUUAUAUAAUUGAGUUAUGAAUUUCUUUCCUUCGAUAAAUACCACCAUAUGCUUGAUCUCAACAUGCCGAUUUUAUUAGAUUAGAAUGGUUAGGGGUGUAAUUAAGAUUUCAGAAGCUUGUAACCUGAUGAUGGAAUUGUCAAAAAUGAUAUAUUAAAAACUAAGAA